AUGACACCACCAUCAACGGAUUACCACACGGAGGAGGACCUUUUCAAAACGCUCCUUUCGAAGGCAAAUUUCUACGACCAUUUCAACAAAGAACAGGGUCACUGUGAUAGUGGUAGUGAUUCGUGGCCCGAAAAAAUAAAGAUGGCAUUGUCAAAAUAUCAGCAAGUUCAAAAUGAAGCAGAGAAAAUUGGAAAGGCCUUCUGUUAUGUGUCUACCAGAGAGAAUAGUGAGCCAUUGUAUAAAGAACGUUGUAAUUUCCUCUAUUAUUGGAUAUUAGAAAUACUACUGCAGAAACUGAACAACAAUUCGUCCUCGACCGCCAUAAACGCAAUUUUUGGGUUUAUGGAAGAAUUAAAUACAGAACAGAAUAAUUGUCUAACUAUAGAAGACAGUAUGGACAAGGACACUGUCCUUCCAAGAAAAACCAUCUUCGAUUAUUACCAUGACCGUACAAUUGUACAAGCACUGGUUACGGCUGCUUCGUCUGAUUGUGAGAAGAACUAUGGUCCUUACCUGCAGGGCAUUAUUACAGCAUAUGCUGCUGUGGAGAAAGGUUGUACAAAAAAUAAGGGUGGUUAUGGUGAUUACUGUUCCAAAUUUUGGGACCAACAUAAAGAUAAAAUUAAGGAAGAUCUGUUGAAGUUGAAAUGUGGAUCAAUGAAUAUGCAACAACUCAUAUCAGAAGCACAGGCUCAGGCUCUUUCUGCGUCAUCCGUAUUUGCUGGUGUUGCAGUGGAAGGGCAAGAGGAAGAAACUGCAGUAAUUGACGUAACCAACGGAAGCACCAACACCACUACCAUUAUAUCCUCUUUACUCCCUGCAGUGGGAUUGCCAACACUCGCCGUUUUUUUUUUAUAUAAAGUAAGUAUAAUUAAAAUAAUUAUAAUUACAACAAUUAUAAUUACCACGAUGUAUACAUACAUAUAA